UAGGGGUGGCGCCGACGGAUGAGACUGCGGAAGCGUACUGGUACGAACUAGCGGCGAGAGAGUUUCGCGCGGGGCUGGUGGCUUUGCUGGGUGUGCGGGAGGAAGACGAGUCCGGAGACGAAGAGACUGGGGAGGAGGAGUAG